AUGAUCGACCACCCACAAGUCAUCAACGAGCGCGUGCCCAACGCCCCCUACUUUCAGCCUCUGGUCGAGCCCUCGGUCGGCACCGCCCUCUCGCCCGACGACUGGCCCCAGAACAAGCACCUCCCGCUCCUCUUCCAGCCCCUCAAGGUCGGUCCCAUCACCCUCAAGAACCGCAUCAUCGUCGCGCCCAUGUGCAUGUACAGCUGCGAGCAGGACGGCUCCGAGGCCGGCGUCCUCACCCCCUUCCACCUCGUCCACCUCGGCGCCUUCGCGGCACGCGGCGCGGCCCUCACCAUGGUCGAGGCGACGAGCGUCUUGCCCAACGGCCGCCUCUCGCCCAACGACUCGGGCCUGUGGUCCGACCGCCAGGCGCAGAGCUUGCGCCAGAUCUUCUCCUUCAUCCGCACCCAGGGCUCGGUCCCGGCGAUCCAGCUCGGGCACGGUGGCCGCAAGACGUCGACCCUCGCGCCGUGGCUCGACACGUCGACGAUCAAGCCUCACCUCAAGUCGCACGUCGCGACCAACGGCGACGCAGGAGGCUGGACCGACAACGUCAUGGCGCCCUCGGCCGUCGCCUACAACGACGAGACGUUCCCGCACCCGCGCGAGAUGUCGGACAACGACAUCGCCGAGCUCAAGGACGCGUUCAAGGCCGCCGUCAAGAGGGCCGACGAGGCCGGCGCCGAGGUCAUCGAGCUCCACUGCGCUCACGGCUACCUCAUGCACAGCUUCCUCUCGCCCCUGUCGAACAAGCGCACCGACCAGUACGGCGGCUCGCUCGAGAACCGCAUGCGCCUCCCGCUCGAGAUCCUCAAGAGCAUGCGCGAGCUGGUCCCCAAGACCAAGGGCCUGUGGAUGCGCAUCUCGGCGUCCGACUGGUGGCCCGAGGGCGAGCAGGACGACAAGGGCGAGUGGAUCUCGUGGGGCAUCGAGCAGUCCAAGAUCUUCGUGAAGGAGGCCAUCAAGCUCGGCGUCGACCUCGUCGACUGCUCGUCGGGCGGCAACACGCCGCGCCAGAAGAUCUCGGUCGGCCCGGGCUACCAGGUCCCGUUCGCCGAGCAGAUCCGCCACUCGCUCUCGGACGACGAGAAGAUCCCAAUCUCGGCCGUCGGGCUCAUCACCAACGGGCCGCAGGCCGAGGAGAUCCUACAGACGGGCAAAGCCGACGUCAUCUGCGCCGCCCGCGAGUUCCUGCGCGACCCCGCCCUCGUCCUCAGCUGGGCCCAGGAGCUAGGCGUCGUCGUCAACACGCCCGUCCAGUACCAGCGCGCCUACACGCGCAUGAUGGUCAAGCACGACGAGCGCGAGCCCGUCAAGCAGCACUAG